CAUGCGCAGUGCUGGGGCUCGUGUGGUUUUCCGUUGGGAUCUCAGUUUCGCGGUGUCUCCCCGGCACCCUUCUCCCGUGAAUCGGUGGUGACACCGCCGCUUGUAUGCUCUCUCUAAAGUUCGGUAUAUUCCGCUUCUUUAUCCAUCCCAGUUCUCUGGUAACGACCGAACGCAAAACAGAAAAUAGUAGUUUUAUUUUGUUUUCCGGCGGGUGGCUCGGUCUCCAUCCAACGUGAGGUCACCCGACAGCAGAGAAAUUACUUCACGUCUUUAUUUUAUCUUCUUUUAUUUAAAAACCCACAAACCAGAAAGACGGCGAGCUGUCGUGAUGGACGAAUGGUCGGUGUGACGGGCGGCUGAAUGUUUGGAGAGUGAGCUGCGGCUGGAUGCUUCAUCUUAAAAAGAUUCUCUUCAUUUCAACAGAUGACAUUAGCAACAAGAUGUGAUGUGCUUGGUCUUUAUCGAAGAAUUUUCAGAAUAGCAAGAACAUGGCAGUCACUAUCAGGACUAUCUGAGGACACUAUGAAAGAAAGAGAUUACAUUAUCACAGAGGCCAGAACAUUGUUCAAAAAAAAUAAAAAUUUAACAGAUGCAGAAGCAAUUAAAAUCUGCAUACAGGAAUGUCAAACAAGGAUAGAAAUGGGACUACAUUACAGAAUUCCAUAUCCUAGACCAAUGCUGCAUCUCACCACCAUUUCCAGGAAAUACUUGGACAAAUUAAAGAGUGUAGAUGCAUGGCAUAAUGGAUCUUCUUGCUUUCCUUUUCACCCAAGGAACAGCAUUCCUCAAGGUAACAGAAGAAAAAUCCACCUUUCUUGCCUCUGCCAACUGGAGCAUAAUAUCCUUGAAGGUACUCCCAUCAAUCAACUAAAAACUCUUAAGAGUACAGUGGUUAUAGAUAAAUUUAAAUAGCAUGCAAGGCAGAACGACUUUUUUUAUUCAAAUUAAUUAUAUUCCAGUAUGAAGACCACCAGUAGAUUAACACUUGCAACUAACUUAAGAGGCAGUAGGGUUUCACCGGCUAACUAGAGAGCCCAAGCUGCAUCUUUUUGGGAAGGUCUAUCACAUCACAAUCCACUGACCUAUUUAGCUGAAUACAACCGGGAUGGAAGUCCUGCCCACUGGAAGCCACUGGCCGAAGACGAGCUACUUUUUGAUUGGCAAUGGAGGCAGUGAUUGCUGCUUUUACAAUAUCCACCUAAUGUUCCAAGAUCCUCAACCACCUAGGCCGUAGGUGAGGAAUAACAAGAUGGGAUUCACAGGAGGAAAGUCGGUAGCAACACAGAUGUGUUGGUCUAAGCGCACCACAUCCCCACUUGCCAAUACCACAUCCCUCAGUCAAGAACAGAGUGCUCUUCUCCUCACUGAGACGCACUCAGGCAAUCCUGUUUGGGUUCAUUUAUUUUCCCUCCACAGCAGCUGUCUGUCCUCCUUUUGGGUAAAUCAAACAGCAGUGGGAUCAUUCAUUAAAAUGGACAUAAUUUGGCAGCAGAGCAGGGACGCCAUCCAUGAGCCUUUUGACCAGUGAUUUAAUCUGGAUGGAAGUGAAAAGGUGGUGGGAUCCCACCCACCAUUCUCUUGCCUAAUUAAAUGCUCCCAACCAUCACCACUGAGGGAAAGGUCAUUAUCUAUAAUGAAAGUUAACAAUCUCGAAAGCUUCUUUGUUGAGCCAAGUGGGACAAGACUGCUCCUCUGCAUCUGACCAGGAUGGUCACAGUCAUUUGUCCUAGAACAUGUCCCCUGAAUUUCCUGCAUAUUCACUUACUGCAAGUGGUUGGCCAAGGCUAACCAUUCUUUGACAGCUGUAAAUUUCUCUGAUCUUUGAACUCGACACUCAGAAAACAUGUGGAUUAACAUUUAAAUCAGCAUCUAAUAUUCCUAAUAGCCACUUCUGUUACUGAUAAAUUAAUUCCCUCAUGUGAUUUUACAUUGUAUUAAAAUUCCACAAAUAGCCUAUGCUCUGAACAGCUCGUCUAUGACUUUCUGAUAACUUCAAUGUUUACUCAGACUAUUCAUAUAUAUUAGU